AUGGCGACCAACACCACAGACCCCGGGGCAGGCGACAUGGUGACGAUCGUUGUAGAUAAGAAGACUUUCAAGGUCAAAAAGAGGACGCUUGUGGAAAAGAGCGAGUUCUUCGCCGCCAUGUUUAAUUCAGGAAUGAAGGAGACUACCCAGAAUGCCGCGGUGCUUCGUAACGUCUCUGCCGGAGUUUUCAGAGACCUGGUGGCGUUUCUGGACACCGGAAAACUUCGGUGCGAGAUAGGCGCGGAACUCCUGACGGCCGCAGCGUUUCUACAGAUGCGUGACGUCAUAGAACAUUGCAUACGUCACGUAGACGUCACCAACUGUAUCGAAUUUCUCUCGGUGGCGGAGACCCACUAUUUGCCAGAGCUCGAAGAGGCCGUCUCAAAACAUCUAGCGGAGAACUUCCUAGACGUAAUUAGUUCUAAGACAUUUGAACAUUUGCCUAAAGAUCUGAUAGACUCUGUCGUCAACAGAAGGCACGCUCCUAAACGAUAUCUAUUUGCCAUCGGUUCCUACGACGACAGUUACAAAGAAAGAUCGGACGUUCCCCGCGUCAGCCAUCUCUUCGAUGACGUCACGCAGCAAUGGCGGACAGGCUGCGAACUCCCGCCAAGCCUCUGUACCCACGCAUGCGGGGUAGCUGUCCUGCACAACUACAUCUUUGUAGUAGGUGGAUUCUCUUCAGCAGAUUGCCACCAGAUGCAACAAGCUGCCGCCUGCUACGACCCUAUAACAGACACAUGGAGAGAACUGCCCUGCAUGAACCAGAGCAGAGCACACUUUGUUUUAGUCCCUCAUCAAGACUAUCUAUACGCUCUUGGAGGAUGUAUGAGUUUUCCCUACCAGGGCAACAGUGUAAAGAAGCUGUUAUCUAGUGUAGAAGCGUACAGCUUAAGAACUCGUGCUUGGGUUAGAGCAGCCUCAAUACCUAUGGAGACAGCACAACCUUGCGGUACGUCUUGUCGGGGACACGUCUAUACGACAGUCGUGCGACCAACAGACGAACUUCUUAUAAGAUACGACCCAGAGGAAGACAUCUGGGAAGACGUUGGUGUGGUUCCUUACAUGCGGUUCGUCCAAUGCAUGGCGUCUUGGAAGGAAAAGCUGUAUCUUCUCGGGCUGUCAGAUCUCGUGAGCGGAAUUGUGCGAGACUUUCAGUCGUAUGACGUCAUGGCCCGCCAGUGGACCAAACUGCACAAGCCAAUCACCGGCCAAUAUUUCGACGGUUGCGUCGUCAUGGGAACGGCCCUGUACUUGGUCAGCUCGUGUGGCACGCAGAGAUGUGAUCUGAAGUCUGGAGAGUGGAAUUGUCACACGUUGCCGCCGUUUCCAGGUUCCGGCUUCGCUCAUGCUCAAGUCCUACACGUAGUUGUUACUUAA